AUGCCGCCAUGUCCCCCGUCUUCACUUGUGCUCUCCUGCUAUAGCUUGACCACAAUACCGUUUAGACGUGGAAGAAUGUCUGCCCGCAGCGAUUCCUUCCAGGAUUCGAGCUCGAAAGUAUCGAAGAAGGCGACUCUCAAAGCACAAGCUAGGAUGGCACUCGAGGAAGAGCAUGAGCGCACUGAUGGGGAGCUGAAGUCGAACUGGCCCAAAGCCGUCGACCUCUAUGGCUCGAACCUACCCUGCCGCUUGGAGGGCGAAGUUGGUGACCUCGUCGUUCUCGGCAAGAUACCGAAAGAGAUAGAUGGCACGUUUUACCGCAUGAUGGUCGAUCCAUGGUGUCCGCCAGUGGAAGGCAACAUACCGCUUGAUGGUGAUGGCAAUAUAUCUGCCUUCCGCUUCCAUGAUGGUAGAGUCGAUAUGAAGACGAAAUAUGUCGAGACCGAGAGGUACAAGCUGGAGCGAAGAGCUGGCAAGGCGCUGUUUGGGCUGUAUCGAAAUCCUUGGACUCAUCAUCCUUGCGUGAGAGCUGCCAUCGACUCCACUGCCAACACCAAUCUAGUCUACUGGGCCAACCACCUCCUCGCCAUGAAAGAAAGCGCCCUCCCCUACUCCGUCGAUCCGCAAACUCUCGAAACCCGCACCUACGACCCCUUCGGCCAAAUCAAAGCCAAAACAUUCACGGCGCACCCCAAAUACGACCCAUACACUGACGAACUCAUCGUCCACGGCUACGAGGCAAAAGGCAUGGCGACCAACGACAUCGUAUCCUACGGCAUCGACCGCACGGGGAAAUGCAAGAAUGAACUCUGGUUCAAACAGCCCUGGAUCAACCCCGGCGCCAUUCACGAUUGCGCUAUAACGAAGAACUGGCUCAUCCUUUUCAUCUGGCCCUUCGAAGCUGAUGUGGAGAGAAUGAAGAAGGGAGGUCACCAUUGGGCUUGGAAUUAUGAUAGGGGCCACACCAUGAUCGUCGCACCGCGGUACCCCGAUAACCCACCCGCCCCCGGCUGGAAGAAAGGAGAGACGCGCCACUACACGUGGAAGAACUGCAUGGCAAUCCACACCGCCGGCGCCUGGGAAGACGCCUCCAACCCAAGCCUCCUCUACAUCGAAUCCUCCCGUGUUCACGAUAACGCUUUCCCCUUCUUCCCCUCCGACGACGGACGUCUACCCGCUGCAGACGCCAAAGCCGAUUUCGUGCGCUGGUGUAUCGACACUUCCACCCCUGCGGGGACGUACAUUUCCGAUCCGGAGGUGAUCCUCGACAUCCCUGCGGAGUUUCCCAGGAUCGAUGAACGCUUCAUGACCCAGAAGUACAACCUCUUAUGGCUAAACGUCUUCAUCAACCCAGACGGUCAUAAAAAUAUCUACCACGGCCUCAACGGGUUGGCGAUGCAUAACCAUUCCACUGGGAAGACACAAUACCACUAUGCUGGCGAUGACUCGAUGUGUCAGGAACCCAUUUUCGUGCCUAGGUCGGAGGAUGCGGAGGAGGGGGAUGGAUAUGUUAUGGCUCUGAUUGAGCGGGUUAAAGCUAAUCGUUGUGAUGUUGUGGUGAUUGAUACGAGGGAGUUUGAGAAGGCGGUGGCGAUUGUGCAGCUUCCGUUUCAUAUGAAGGCGCAGGUGCAUGGGAAUUGGGUUUCGGCGAAGGAGCUGGGUGGGUAUAGGUCGCUGGUGAGGGAGGUUGGGGAGUUUGAGAUGAGGAGGGAGGGGGCUUUGGAGCCUUUGUAG